GCAACUGUUUAGAGGAAGGGCAAUUUAAGAAAAAGAAUCUCUUAUCUUCGUUUUCUUUCUCCCUCUCAUUUCCUUUAUCUGGUCCCUGCUGUCGGUUACUGUAAUCCGAUGAUAGCACAAUAGCUUACAUCACAAGCGAUCUCUCUAUACUUUCUCAAUUCAAUUCACAGUCACUUCAUCAUUUGUUUCAGAUCCUUUGCUGCUUUGGAUUUUCGAUCUUUAACAGGAAAUUAAGAUUUUAUUUUGGAUUCUGAUAACGUCUGCGGAUCAAUUCUUGAGAAUCAACUGAAGCUUCUCAUGUUUAAGUCGUGAUCGGUGGUUAAAUAAGCUCUUUGUUUGUUGAUCUGUGUGAGAUUGCGAUUCGGUGGUUUUCAGGUCUUUAAGGACUUAAGAAAAUGGGAUCAUUACAAGGACCUGUUAUCUGCCCUGUUGUUCGUGCCAAACAAGCAGGACUUUACACUUUCCCUGUCAAUGGCCCUUUGAUGAAGACUAGAAUUUUUAGAAGUGAGUUUUGGGGAUUCAAAGGAUUCAGUGACAGCAAGGCUAAGAUGAGCGUUUUAGGUCGGCAACUAAAAAUGCAGAAGUGCAAAACCGUGCAGUGUAGUUUCAGUUCUUCCUCGAACGGUAAUGGCAGCAUGGCUGAGAACUUCAAUGAAAAUGAUGAAGAUUAUGUCAACUCUAGUAUCAUUGAAGCUGUUGAGGUGAGGAGUGGAGCAGAUGGUUUCAUGAUCAAAAUGAGGGAUGGUCGGCACUUAAGAUGCGUCCAUAACAACCCUCAGGGUGGACAUCUACCAGACUAUGCUCCUCAUCCUGCAAUAGUAUUGAAGAUGGAAGAUGGGACUGGUCUUCUUCUCCCAAUAAUUGUUUUAGAGAUGCCAAGUGUGUUGCUUAUGGCAGCAAUUCGCAAUGUACAAAUUGCUAGGCCAACUCUGUACACAGUGGUUAAGGAGAUGAUUGACAAGAUGGGAUACGAAGUAAAACUUGUUAGAGUUACAAAGAGAGUGCAUGAAGCAUAUUUUGCACAGUUAUACCUGACGAAGGUUGGUGAUGAGACAGAGAGUGUCAGCUUUGAUCUUCGACCGUCAGAUGCCAUCAACAUUGCUGUGAGAUGCAAGGUUCCAAUACAAGUCAACAAGUACUUGGCAUAUAGUGAUGGGAUGAGGAUUGUUGAAUCUGGCAAACUGUUCACGCAGUCCCCUGCUUCAGAUGGCUUAUUAUUUACAGAACUGGAUAGGCCCAGUGGUCAGCCUUGUCUUGAUACAAAGGAGUUCAAUCUUGUGCGCAACAUGUUGAUAGCUGCUGUUGAGGAGCGUUAUAGAGAUGCAGCGCAAUGGAGAGACAAGCUUGGUCAACUUCGUGCUAAAAGGAACUUGAGGAAAUUCACUUGACAGAUGCUUCUAGAGAAUUUAACUUGUAAAUAGAAAACAUUGUGGGAUGCAGAAUGAGAUCGCAAACAUAUAGCUUAAGUCAGUUGUUUGUCAAUCUCUUCCAACCAAUAUGUAUGUGGUACAUUUGUUAAUAUAUAUGUAUAGAUACACGUCGUAAUGUUGAAGUACUUGACAUUAGUUGGUUCUGCAUAUUAUUCAGCUGCUUAUGCCACAGCUCAUUAGCUGUUCCUUCAACAAUGGGUUUCCUGUCCAAAUUUCAGUGUGUUUCACUUGACCAGCAACUGUACCAGACUCAAGACUUCUGCUUAAUUUUCAUGAAUGGUUUAAUAUAUUUCUACAA